GCGAGUGGACGCGCUGCCGGAUGAUUGAUGCGAAUAUUGCGUAUACGUCGUGUGUGCGGUUCUAGCAUUCGUCGGCUGUGUGGGUGUGUGUCAGGACAACGGCAGAAAAUACAGGCAGGUGAGAACGAGAUGUGAAAGCAGAGCCCGAGGCCAAAAAAGAGAAUUAAGCCAAGUUGAAGAGCGAGUAACAGACACCGCCAGCGGGCGGUCCAAAAAGCCAACUUCAUUUACGUCUGAAACGCAGUUGAAAUAAACGACUUCACGACACUGGCGGAUUUCCUAAAAAACAUCCAAUCCCUGUGGCUAACGAGCUGGCUCAGCUCUGGAAGGACCAGCGGGAGGACCAAGCGGAGCACCGGAGGAGGAAUCGGAAUCCGGGGAAUCGAAGGCGAAAUCGGAAUCGGCGGAAUCGUUGGCCACGAGAAGCGCUCAGUCAACGUUUACACGCUCCAGCAGGCGCAUAAGUUUCCGCUUCAAUUCGACGUGUACGGCGGCGGUGGUAAUUGCAGCUUUGAUUGCCAACAGGAGCUGGACAGGAUCCGUCCGGGCAAGGAUCCAGCAUCCCGCCAGCAAUCAACACCUUCCUCGGCAACGGCCGAGGAAAUCUACGAAACCAAAUUUAUUGAAAGCUCAAUGGCUCAAACGAUGGACGACAUGGUCUUCCAGUGCAGCAAUCAAAAUUCGAUUUAUGUGCUUAAUGCCAGCUACGGUGCAUAUGGGGACUAUGGCACAUAUGCGGCAACAAAGCGUGAAAUAAAUGGCAGCCGGAGCAGAGCGGCAAAUCCAAUUGAGGCAACUUGCUCGAGUGGCGUCCUGCAGCAUAAAUUCAAAACUUUUGGCAGUGCCGCAGGAGCAGCAGCAACAGCAGCAGCCGCAACACCAACAACAACAGCCAUGGAUGCGGCAGCGGGAAGCGCAUCAAACUACGUAAAUCCUGUCGCUACAUCAAUGUCAACCGCAAUGUGUUCACCGGCAACGGCGGCCCUGCAAAAAUUGUUCAAUUGCAGCGUCGGCGUCGCCUGCCAAAAUGUCACCCACGCCCACAGCAACCACAACAGCAGCAGCAGCAACACCAACAGCAGCAACAUCAACAGCAGCAACAUCAACGGCAGCAGCAGCAGCAGCAAUAACAAUAGCAACCCGAACAAUAGCCGCCUGUCAGCGGCAGGCGGAGUAACCCAAAACGGCCGGAAUCGGAGCCGGAGUGGCGAAUCGCUCGAUGGCCCAGCGGGAGUGGUUACCUCCACAGGAGGAGGAGGAGCACCACCAGGAGGACCUGGGCCAGGUGGCCUCCCUCUGUUGCCGAAGAAGAAAUGCACCAAUGUCAAAUCAGCGCUUAUUGCCAAGAAGACAAAGUUUCUCAAAUAUCUCGAAGAAGAAAAAUGGCGCAGCAACGCCGGAGCAGCGGAAGAUGCUGGCGCCAUCAGCAAUGAGGCGGAGCCACCACCCACCGGCAACAACAGCAACAACAACAACAACAACAACAGCAACAAUGGUGGGAACUUGAAAAAUCAGAGCAACAGUCGAGAGGCUGGAAAUGGAAAUGGAAAUGGUGGUGUUGGCGGAAGGCAGCUGAAUAAAUUGACCAACUGGAGCGUGCAUAAUGAGGACAACAACACAACACUGACCAACAGCCAGCAGCAGCAGCAGCAACAACAACAACAACAGCAGCAACAACAUCAAAUACAAUUACAACUACAACAGCAGGUGAAAUCAAGUUUCGAACUUUACCAGGAGGCAGCCGACAUUUUGGGCCUGAGUUGCAGCCUCUGUGAUAAUUGCCGAUGCCUGGACUGCCAGAGCGGUUACUUUGACUGCGACGACGACGAUGAGAGCUACUCGGAGCAAUCGCUGAUGGACGACGAGUACGAUGAGUUCGACUGCAGUGCGGAGGAACUGCAGGCGGUGAUGGCAGGAGCCCGGGAUCAGGAUGUGCCCCGGAUCCCCUGCUGCCAACUGGACUCCAACUACCACCCGGUGCUCAAAAGGGAUUCCCCGGACGCACACACGGUGCCAGAAUCCCUGGGACAUCGGUUGGCCAUCGAUUUUGAUUUAAUUAACGCCACUUGCAGCCAAGUGCUGGAAAAUUGUGAAACAUUCAACGAUUUGAGUCUGUUAGAUGCCGCCCCCGGAGCUGAGCGUCCUUUCACGUAAAUCCAGGUGACGAACUACAAGGUGCGGGGGAACCACCCAAUCAGGAUUCGGACACUGCAGCUAAUUAAAGUUUAACAAUGGUCAGAGCCCAUUAAUUGCAACUGACACCUCUUACAGCGGCUGCCAAUUGUAUGCGGACACACACUCGCCGCCGGUGUUUGCCUUUCAUUUAUUUUCUUAUUUUGAUUUCAAUUAAGUUCCGAUGCAAAUAGAGGAUGAGAAAUGAUAAAAAUGUUUUACUGGUUAACAGGAAAGCUUUCGCUGCCAUGUAUCCUAUACAAAUACGCAAUAUAUACUUGUGUAUAUAGUGGACAUUAUGCAAACGCGUGACGAAAUGGUCAACAAAUCGUAAAUAAAUUAAUUGCGAAUUGCAAUUUCAAUUGAGACAGCGGAAAUUCAAUUGCAGCCAGCACUAGCGAAAAUCAGAAACGUUUCAGCGAUUAUCAGUAAAUAUAAACCACAUAUGCAAAAACAAUGAAAAACAAAUUGUGCCAAUUUCAUAUUCAUAUAUGAAUCUAUUCGAGUUGCAAUGAAUUGCAAACCAAAACGAAAUACAAUGGGAUUAUUUAGCCCGUAAUCUGACAACAAAACUAUUUGAAAAUUCAACAAAAUAUGUAUCUCUAAAUCUAUGUAAAGGCUCGAUGUUGGUAGCGCUUAAGUAUUUAAGAAUUUUCGUGUGAUGCUUUUCAUUCGUUCAAUUGAUUUCAAAUCAAAGAGAAACAUUGGAAAUAUAUUUGUGUUGGAAAAGAAACUCCGUCUGCGA